AUGAAGUUCAAUAGAGGUCGCCGCCGCCGUGAUUCGGAUAUAGCAGCUUGUUAUGGAGAGGAAAGGCUAAGCGAGCUGGCAAGUGAUGUUGUGGUCAAAGUCCUCGGGACGGUGAAAACACAGUCGAAGAAAGCAGCUGGUAAUGGGGAGGAAAGGCUAAGUGAGCUGCCAAGUGAUGUUGUGGUCAAAGUCCUUGAGACAGUGAAAACACAGUGGAAGAAAGCAGGUGGUAAUGGGGAGGACAGGCUAAGCGAGCUGCCCAAUGACGUGCUGCUCAACAUCCUCGAGAGAGUUGGUACCCUUGAUGCUGUAAGAACCUGCAUCCUUUCGAAGAAAAUGCAGAAGCUGCCAACUAUGCUCUCGCAGAUCGUAAUUGAUCUUAGCCCUCGUGAUUUGGUUCAAAUGGAUGGUGUUGUGGCUGACGUGACGGACAAGAUCCUUAGUACGAGGUCUCCACAGAUCACCAUUCGCAAGCUGAAGCUCAAAUUUUUCUUGGUUCCCUCUCGCUGUCUCUCCAUCGGAAAAUCGGUCGGCCUCGCCAUGGCGACCCAGAAGUUGGAUGCAGCUGAGUUUGAGAUCAUGACACUGUGGGAUAACGGAUGUUGCACUGAUGACCAUCGCCUACUCUUUGCUGAGCAGUUCAAUGAUUUUGUUCGUGAUUGCCCGGAUGCAUUUGCUGGUCUCACGCGGCUGGAUCUACGGUUUUUGAGGUUUGGUGAAUCGGACAUACCCAACAUUCUUAGCACCUGCAAGCAGCUUGAGUCCCUGUCUUUCUUCGAGUGUGACGGGGGGUUCCGCUCGGUGCUGCAUGUAGAGCACGCUCGACUCGUUGAGCUUGUUAUCACCUUUGGGGAAUUUAAAACAGUGGUGCUUGAGUGUCUUCCAAAGCUCCAGCGGAUGACCUACAAUAAUUGGCCCUGUGAUGAAAAUCCCUUGGUUCUUGGUUUUGUCCCUCAGCUUUGGAAGCUCAGUCUUGCUAAUGCAAACCUUUCAGGCAAGAUCCUCAACUUAAGCAAGCUUCUUGCUAAUGCCCCCACAGUAAGCGAUUUGUAUCUGGACUUUCUAAGCGAAAAGAUUUGGGUUCAACCAGAAUGCCCAAAAGUGCUUGCUCCAGUGCUUGCCAAACUUCGAUAUCUGAAUCUGGAUCAUCACCCUGAAGAAUGUGAUAUCUCUUGGACAAUGUUCGUUCUUGAAGCUGCACCACACGUAGAGGAGCUCUGCAUCACGGUAUGGGACCAUAAGUGCCGAAUGGAGUCACAGAAGAGUUUCUUCGAAAUAUCGGAUGUGAAGUGGGAGCCGUGUGAUCCUCAUUUUAAGCACAAGAAUCUGGUGAGGCUAAUUAUCUAUGGCUUUCAGUCCGAUGGCAAUUUCACAGGAUACAUCAGGCGUGUCAUUCAAGCUGCGGUGAAUAUCAGGGAGGUAUCCCUGCACGACAGGAAGGUGUGUGAAUUUUGUGCCGAGAAGUUUCCUCACACUGAGGUUCGUCCUUCGAGUUAUCCACGGACCACCGAGGAGGUGGAAUUGUUGAGGAAGAAGAUGACAGCAGCGUCAGUGUCAGCUUCUCCUGAUAUUCUGUUCCGCUCAUAA